UGGGGCUCUCUUUCCUCCGCUCGGUGGUCUUUUCUUCUGCUUUAAGGGACCGACUCGCCGUGCGUAGCUUAGCGCAUCUGUCAGUUCACAGGAUCUGGCUGCCUUCCAAGAUUGGAAAAGCAACUUUGGAGGAGAGGGAAAAAGCACAUUCUGGAGGGUUACUGCAGGACAAUCUGAAUGCUUUGCCAGGACAUGAUGUCUCCCGUUGACAUUCAGCUUGAAAGGAAUGACGAGACUGGAGCAUUUUGCAAUGGUGAUAUGUUCUCUUAAACCAGACUGGUGAUAGAGGCUUCCAAAGUCCCGUGGUAGCCCAAAAAAGGAAUACCUCCCCUCAUUCUUGGACCUAAUUACCCUCUGGAGCCAUGAAACCCUUCCGUGGAUCUUUGUACAAGAAACUUUUGUGUUUGCUCCAACACUGCGGACAUUUUGGACUGAGUCCUGCCAAAGGCCCCUGCCAUAGACUAAGACAGUAUUCCUGUUAUAAAGCAGGACUGGUUACAGCUACUGAUCUGGUCAGUUACUGGCAAGAUGUGUUUGAAGCAAAUGCAAUCCCUGAACCACAGACAUCUGCUGAAUAUAUUGUUGCACAAGUUCUGGGAGCAAAAACAUUCCAGAGCUUGAGCACCAGCUGCAUCUCUACUCCCCUCUUGGCAAAACAACAGGAUCAGGUCCAGGAGCUCUGUGCAAAGCGGCUACAAAGAAUGCCAGUGCAGUAUGUUCUUGGUGAGUGGGAUUUCCAGGAUCUGACACUCAAGAUGAAAGCUCCAGUCUUCAUUCCUCGACCAGAGACAGAGGAACUGGUCUCCCUUACUGUGGCUGAAGAAUUGAGGAAGAGAGUGACCACAGCAUGCUGCAAGAAUCCUUUGCUGUCCCCAGAGCCCCAUGGUCCUGUGAUCCUGGAAGUUGGCUGCGGCUCAGGGGCAAUUGCUCUGAGUCUUCUGAAAAAGUUGCCCCAUAGCCAGGUCAUUGCCAUAGAUAAAUCAGAAGCGGCUGUGAAUCUAACCAAAGAAAAUGCUGAAAGAUUACAUCUACAGGACAGGAUCAUUAUCCUUCGCCAUGAUGUCUCUUCAAGCUAUUGGGAAUGUCUACUGCCAUGGGGUUUGGUAGAUACUAUCAUCAGUAAUCCACCUUAUGUUUUCCAUGAAGAUAUGACUCAUCUGGCUGCAGAAAUCCUCAGCUAUGAGGAUCUGGAAGCCCUGGAUGGAGGAGAUGAUGGGAUGGGUGUUAUCAAAGAGAUCCUGAAUCUGGCUUCAUAUAUCCUCAAGGAUUGUGGGAGUGUGUUUCUGGAAGUUGAACCCAGACACCCAGAGAUGGUGAAGAACUGGCUGCGCUGUCACCCUGACUUAUCCCUCUCCGUGUUGGCCACCUACAAUGACUUUUGUGGAAAGCCAAGGUUCCUGCAUAUCCAAAGGCAUGAGGAAGAAGACCGCAGGAGACCAGGAUUAAUUCCCUCAUCCCAGCAUUGUCCUCGUUUGUGUUAGGCGAUACAGCAGGGAAUCUCAGUGCUGCAGUGGGAACUGCCACCAUGCGCAGCAGUUCCAGCAGGCUUUAACAGAGCGGAAGACGGGCCACUCCGCCAAAAAGCUACUUUAUUUUUCCUCUUCUUCCCUGCUGUUUUUUCUUUGCAUGUCACACAUUUUUAGAUUUAGGGCUUGUCUUCUUUAAGUGAUUUCUUGUGAACAGCUACGAGAUCCUUUUUGGCUGAGGGGCAGGAAAAUACUUUAAGUAAAUGAAGUUGAGUGUUGUGUUUCAUGGCCUGUACCAACAGUCUCAGAGAGUACGUUCUCAAACAGCCAGUUUUCUCAUAGAGGACUCAUCCCAUGUGGGUGGACACACUUCAUUCACGUGAUCAGAAUGCCCUGUCAAUCGUAGAUAAUACAGGAUAAAAGCAUCCAAUCAUCAAACCAUCAUCUGAUUAGUCUCUUACAUGAUAAUAGUACCAAUCUCUGCAUUUGAUCUAGAAGCACCUUUCUCUCCCCCAACCUCUGCCUCAGAAAGCAUGUGCUUUGCAUCAGGAGGAACUGCAAAUAAACUUGGUCUUGCAAAUAUGACUAGGUAGUUCAUCAUAAGCGAAACCCACACUGGGGAGAUUGGCAUGACAGGGCCAGCUCACCAUGGCUUACUUAACCCACAGCAUGUCAGCCAAUAUUUUGAAUAUGCAGCCUUGAAUAAGGAUUGCUGCAUGAUGAACCCAGCCAUGAAGGGUCAUUUGAGGGUUAAACAGCUCCCACAUCAUCCUACAGCAAACUGAGGGAGAACAAUGUGUAGGUUAUUGGAGGGUUGGCUAGUCCAUGUCACUUGGGGUUGCAUGACUUGAAAGGACAUGGCAAGCUGGACACCUGCUGCUGCCAUGAAAAAAUGGCGCACAGCACAACAGCCCCUAAAGUCACAAUGGGCUGUUAUGUUGUGUGAAACAGGUCAUCAUGUUCUAAAGUCGCUUCUCAAAAACAUAAUGAGCACUAGCCAAACCUGCCCUCUGCACAGAGUAUUGUGAAGCACCAAUGGGAAGAUGUCCCAGUUGUAUAGUGUACAAUAGCUUAAACUGAAUCUUUUGAUCCAUCAUAGCAUUAAACAAUGCCUGAUGAGUCUGCCGUACCACAUGAGCCUGUCUCUGUGGGCUAGUGGAACCUUCGCAAAAAUAGACAGGAGCUACAAGCAGUUGGAAGAUCUUAACUAUGUAUUGACAAGUCUCAUCUGAUAAGAUAAAGAAAUAUUCAUAAGCUGGCUACAGCCACCAUUUCCUUGAAGCGAUCGGUUUAUUUAUGAUGAUGUUAAAUUUAGAAGGACCGGAAGAAACUAUGUUGCUGCUCAUCUUGAACUGUUAAUCUGGAUGCUAUCACACAUUGAAGGCAAGUCCAGCCAUGUAAGCAAGUGAAGCAGACACUUGGACUGGCAAAUGUUAAGCCAUCUGUGAUCCAAGAGGUGUGAUUGCCCAAGUUCCUUUGCAGUGAGGUAGACUCGACUCGUGCAAAACGGAGUGCUCACUUAAAGUCUGAGCUCCAGUGAAUUAGAAUUAAGCUUGGACCUUUGUGUUUAGUUCAGAUCCAGGUCCAGAGUUGUUUAUCCAGAGUUUCUGAUCAGGAAAAAUUACUCAUCCUGGAGGAAUGUCUGGAGAAGCAGGAGAUGAAUUUGUUGAAGGAAAGCACCAAAGUAUGUGUUAUAAAUAAUAGUGCAGUUUCAUUUUUGAAUGGGUGGUUUCUUUCCUAGAUUGAGCCAGCCAGUAGGUUAUGUAGUGGCUGUGAAGAGGAAGAAACUGGGCAUCCUGUAGAAUCAGGUAUAAGUUGGAAUUUACUCAUUGGUUUGACUGAAAGCCUUUGGCCAGAGGACUUGGGAGAAGGAGUUUUUCAUAAGAUCAGCCUUGUUACUCUAGAUUUAGGAUACCUGGUUCUUACUUCGUCUGUACAAAACUAAGUUCUAAAGUCCGUUUAAACAUUGCAUGGCUAGUAAAUUGCACCUUUGCAUGUGACACCAUCCUUAACCAAUCUAAGGCUGAGGCAUGAUAUGGGAGAGGAUCCCUGCCAUUUCCACAUGUAUGCAACUAUACAUUUUAUCAUUCCUUUGCAUGUUUUAUUUGGAUUAGGUUUGGGUGUUUUCACAGUCUCUGAGCAGAAAUUAGAAUUUUCACCCAAACUGGUCAUAAACACUCAAGAAUAGUAGAAAAUGCCUGCCAUGUUAUUUUCACAAGAACGGUGAAGUGUGCCAUUAAAUAGUUGUUUGGUGUUUGGGAGUACAGGCACUAAGUAGAAACUGGUUGCUUUAUAAGUGAAGGUAAACAGAAUCUGAGGUAUUACUGCUUUUGUAAAUGUUGGCAGGUUUUUUCUAGAUUUGAAAGAAGCCUGUAGUUUCUUCAAGAAGAUUCUGCAUAGGCAACACUUAGUAAAUGUCACAUUCUGCUGAGAGCUAGUUAAAAGAUGUACUGUUCCGACCAUUUACCCUCUCUAUCAUCGCGUGGACUUGAGUAGUCUGGUGCUUGUGGAUGGGUGAUAGAAAACAAGAUGAUGCCGUAUGGGAAAGAAGGAGCUUCUAUGAAUUGGAAAGCUGGCAAGUUCCAAUGGUGGCGAGAAACUGGUUUUGGAUGGGCUUGCCUCCCCACUGAAAAAACAGGUGUACAACUUGGAGAUGCUCCUUGACUCAGUGCUUUCUGGCCAUCGAGUGUCUCUUACAGGGCCUGGUUAUUGCGUCAGCUGCAGUCUGCGCUGGAGUGGCAGGAACUGAAUCCAUUAACUGUGCAGUGGCCACUGCCAAACUGGACCACUGCAGCACACUUUAUGCAGGGCUGCCUUUAAAGAAGAUGGAUGCAGUGGCUACAAAAAGCACUCCUGAUGCUGGUGACUGCUGGGAUGCCUGAGUGCAUAACAGAUACUGUGGGAGCUGCUAGCAGUCUUCCAGGCACAAUGCAAAGAGCUGGUCUUAAUCUAUAGUUCCUCAAGCAGCUUUAGACCAGAUUAUUUGGGGAAUUGCUAUAUGUUACAAUCUGCCUCAGAAGGUCUUUGGGUGCCCUUCUUGAAGAUGGGAUGCAUAAGACAAAGAAGCUUCUUGGAGGUCCCAAGCCUGUAAUUUAAUUUCACAUACUCGACAGUAGGUUCUUGUAUUUCAUUGCUCACAAAUAAAGCAAUGUUUUAAUCUUU